ACGUUUUGGAACAUCAAUGUCAGUGCGAUAGUCUAGAACCAAGCUUACACGCGCACGAUUUGCUUGCUCGUCUUUUCAAUAAGUUUUCCACCAAAACAAAAGAAAAACUCCUUGAACGAGCGUUUGAUUCCGAUUUUAUCGCAAUUUUUCUCCGGAAAUUUCAUAUUGCCAAUCAGUGACAUCUAGUAUCGAGUUAACAAUGAGCCCUGACAAAUAACCGAAGCAGAUUCCUUGUUGUUUUAGUACUACUGAGCCUGCGCGGUUUGUGAUGGUAUUGUUUCUACUGCGAGGAGCCGGUAACGCACAUGGGUACUCGUGGUGAAGCCCUGUAUUGGAGUUGUUUAUGAGAAAUAACUGCGAUUUGUGCGUGGCGAAAACACUAUGUGAAAACAAUAUUGUGUAUAUUUUCCUGGAAACUAUACGUACAAAUAGUGCUAGUGAUCUGUAGUGGUUGGUGUCCAACAAGUAGUUAAAUUCUUCUAAUAUUAAUAAUUGGAGUCUAAAUACAAGAGAACAAUGUCUACGUUCAAAGUAAAGGUUCUUUAUGACUUCCAAGGCGAGCCGGGAACAGCUGAAAUGUCAGUGUAUGCCGGAGAAACACUCUCUGUAACUCGUACUGAUGUUGGGGAAGGAUGGUGGGAAGGUCUAAAUCCACAGGGUCAAUCAGGCCUGUUUCCCGAAGCUUAUGUAGAAAGAAUCGAAUCGGGUCCACCUAAUAUACCUCCCCCUAUGCCUCCUGCACAGUCAGGAUGGGGCUCAUCAACAACAGAUAACCAAGAUGAUGAAUGGGACGAUGACUGGGAUGACGAUAAUACAUAUUCGGAAAUAGGCAAUUCAAACAACAGUAAUAAUAAAAAUAAAGUAGAACAAAGUUUUUACGCAAAUGAACCAAACCAAAACUUUAAUAAUCAGGUUUCCCAGUUACAUAGACCAAAUUAUAAUGCCGAUAAUGUUUCUUUGGCAAGCACUAAUAUGGGUGAUAAUAAAGGCACAAUUACUAAGAAAAGUUUAAAUAUUUUUUCUGCAUCUGUUAAAAGUGGUCUUGAGGGAUAUAUUUUAGGAACUACAAAAGAUGGAGGUAGUUCGAUAUCAAAAAGAAUUCGUAUAUAUCGAGACAGCGACGACAUUCUAGGCCGUUGGGAACCUCUCACGCAACCCUACACAGUCCAAAUUGCAUCGCCGAAAAAAGCCACCAAAAUGGGCGGCUUGAAGUCUUUCAUCGCCUACCAACUGACACCCUCGUUCACCAACAUCGAAGUAUCGAGAAGAUACAAGCAUUUUGAUUGGUUGCACGCCAGACUUACGGAGAAGUUCAAUUUAGUAGCUAUUCCACCGUUGCCAGAUAAACAGGUGUCUGGUAGAUACGAGGAGAUGUUUAUAGAGCAUAGGAGAGCACAGUUGCAGGAAUUCAUUAAUUAUAUGUGCAGGCAUCCGGUGCUAUCGUUGUGCGAGGUGUGGAACCAUUUUCUGACGUGUACGGAUGAGAAACAAUGGAAACAAGGUAAAAGAAAUGCAGAAAAAGACCAACUAAUAGGCGCUAGCUUUUGCCUGUCCGUCGAUGCUCCAGAAAAAGAGCUGAUGAACUCGCUGGUAGAUGUAAAAAUUGAGGAAAACAUGAGGUAUAUGGAGAAAAUGGACCAGUGCAUUAAAAAUCUAAUGCAAACCGCACAAGAUCAACAGAAAAAGUGCGAAAACAUGUACAAAAGAGAAUUUAGUAGGGUCGGAGAAUCAUUCUUUGCCUUGGGAAGUGCUUUUGAGUAUAAUCAGCAAGGAAUGUAUUCCAAAGCUUCUGUAGAUGUUAAAAAUAUCGGAACUACGUAUCUAACCAUAGCUAAGCUAUAUGAAGAGCAAGGUAAGAUAGAUUGGCAACCACUCUUUGACAAACUGUACAUUUACAAAGGCAUAACGGCAAAUUUGCCUGAAGUGCUUAACAUGCAAAGAAUGGCCGAACAGAAGAAAAAAGACUGCGAAAGAAAUCCACAAGUUCAACAGAUGGCGCUAACCGAUGUGCGAAGACGAGCCGACGUCAUAACCUAUACGGUUUUUGCCGAAUUAAACCAUUUUCAACAAGAGAGAGAUCAGGAUUUGAAAAGAGCUCUCAAAGAUUUCUUGCAGGAUCAGUUGAAUUUUUACAAGAACAUAGUAACGAAGAUCGAGGAUACGCUAAGUCAAUUUGAGUAGUAAAAAAUAGUUAGGUUAGGAACAAAGGUAUUUGAAUCACUCUUUUUCCAUAUCUCCUGUCUUGCCUUAUCAUUAAAAAAUAGCAAAGCCUUUAGAGAACAGGGUUAUUCAUUCCUUAAAAUGCCAAACUAAGAUGAAUGGAAUUUAUUUUGACGUCAAAUGUCUUUUUUUUUAUUAAAUCCACAUCUCAGUAAGUAAAGUUAUGAUCGAGAAAAAAAACAGCAUCACAUUGGCUUUUGAAAUGACAAUCCAUGGAUAAUUUCUGUCAGUUCGACCUGUAUACAGGGUGGUCCAAAUUGUAUUCCGGAAACUUUGGAAGCAUAUGAAUAAGUAUAUAUGCUUAGUUUCGGAGAUGCAAGGUGUAGAAAUUUCAUUUUUAUUUCGAUUUUUUCAAAUUUCUAAAGCAACGUCAAUAUUUUGAUGAAAAUUAGUAUCUGGGAGUUUUUUGA